GUCUCUUUCAUACAACGCUUUGACAGGCUCCAUUCCCGAUGGCAUCGACGGGCUUUCUCGGCUCUCUUAUCUGUCUCUUGCAAACAACAUUCUGACGGGCUCCAUUCCCAGCAACAUAUUCACGCUUCCUCAGCUCACCUAUCUGUCUCUUACAAACAACAAUUUAAAUGGCUCCAUUCCCAACAGCAUCUCCAAGCUUUCUCAGGUCACCUUUCUGUCUCUUGCAAACAACAACUUAACAGGCUCCAUUCCCAACGGCAUCUCCAUGCUUCCACAGCUCAUUCAUCUGCAUGUGCACGGGAAUCGCUUGGUUGGAUCUAUUCUAUCCACUCUCACCCGCUUGAUCAACCUGGUGAACCUGGAUCUCUCAUCCAAUUCCCUGAGUGGACCCAUGCUCACCAACUUCGCCUUCCUUGAUGGCCUCACCUACCUAAACCUCUUUGAUAAUAACCUCAGCGGGGAGAUUCCGGCUCAAAUUGGAGGCCUCACAAGAUUGAAGUACUUCAACAUCUCUGGCACCAACCUCACAUGCCCACCUGACAACUCUACCUGUGUCGUAACACAAUCGCCUACAACAUCCUUUUGUCGCACGUGUACACCCUUCUGCAAUACCUGCACCAACCAAUCUGCAGAAAUCAGCAGCAGCAUCAGCGAGUCUUCUUCAGCAGGAGGUGGAGGUGGAGUGUUAGUGGGAGUCAUCAUUGGCAUCGUUGUUGCUGCUGUGGUCAUUCUCCUGCUUCUUGGCGCCACUCUGCUUUACGUCCGGCGCAGGAAGAGCACUGGCAGCAGCCUGGCAGCCUCGCUCUGCACGGAGUUUUCAAUAGAAGAGGUCGUCAAGGCCACCAAUGACUGUUUUGGAGUGCUCGUGCUGGUCGUGUUUAUGGGACGCCCACCAUUUGUGGAGGCUGAUGAAGAGGGUCAGCUCGUCACAAAAUGGGCGUCGGAGUGCCUCUCCUCGGGGGACUUGCGCAGCCUCAACGACCCCACCUUGGACGCCCCUGCAGAUGCUGUGCUGCGUGUGACCCGACUCGCCCUCUCGUGCGCCGGGGAGCGCACAGCAACCCGCCCAAGCAUGGCACACGUCGCCAACGAGCUACAGGCCAUCCGAGAGGAGGUGGUGGGGAAAGAGGAGCUUAGCGCAGCUGUAAAGGUGGAUGCGCAGGUCCAAGAAAAGGAGGUUGCGAAUGUGUUGAGCUUCGACGAACAGCUUCAGAUUAUUGAAGACAACUUGGCUGAAGGAUAA